AUUUUUACAGGAAAAAACAGAUCAUCUACACGUGGAUUUCAUAAUAUAACAAAAUUUUGAAAAACAGGAGAAUCACACAAAACCAAAACAAAUUUACCGAAAUACCUACUGAAAAAAUUAUUUGAUAUUAAAGAAAACUUGCUAAUUAUUUAAGUGUAUGUAAUACAUUAAUUAAAAUUAUAUUUCAUGUGAUUCUUCUUUAUUUUAAUGCCCUAUGGCAGUGAAAAUAUUAAUUGUAAUUUACAAACGUCUAUUUUAUUUUCAUAUCCUUUUAUUCUGCUUAUCUUUCAUUGUCAGUAUGACCCAAAACAAUUUAAAUGGGGGAAAUACUAACAAAAUAUCAUAUUUGUAUAGUUUUCUGUGAGAAAUAAUAGGGAGUUAAAUGCCAUCUUUCCUACAAACCAGGAAAUGCGUACAUUUUCCUCUUUUACCCUGAUUAUCCUUUAGUAUGACUCAAAGAAAUUAAAAUGGGAAUAAUACUGAUAGAAUACAAUAUUUAGGUAAUAGUUUUAUACGUGAAAUAAUAAGGAGAUAAGGACUUUCUUCCCUACAAACCCUUUUCAUUCCAAUUAUCCUUUAGUAUGACCCAAAAGAAAUUAAAAAUGGAAUAAUACUGAUAGAAUAUCAUAUUUAUGUAGUAGCUUUUUAGAACCAUCUUUUCCAAAAUUGAAGAAGAACAUCUUCCCCUUUUAUCCUGAUUAUUCGUAAUUUUUUUAAUAGCAUUUUAUAUGAGAAAUAAUCAGAACUAUUUUCCCUACAAACAAAGAAGUAGGUACAUCAACAGUCCAACCAUUAUCCUUUAAUAAAGUAAAUUAAAAUGGAAAUAAUACUGCUACCAUGUGUUUUAUUUGAGAAACAAGGAUAAUUUUCCUUUCGGAGAAAAAAAGCACUUCUUCGAGUCCUUUGGAACUUGUUGAAGGUCAAGGCAACAUUUUUCAAUCUUUUUAUCAGUUUUUAAAUUCUUUUCUCAUCUACAACCCGUGAAAUAAAAGUAACAGUUUAGCCGUAAAAAUGUUUGAACUAAGAGUGUUAUUCUAUUUGGUAAUUUUAAUAAAAUUUUACGGUUGUUAUACCAAAAGUAAAGACAUGGAUGUUCUGGCGCAGCAGUUCUUCGAGAAUUUGAAAGAAAAUCCCAAAAUAAAAGAGAGUUCAUUUAAUGAACAAGUAAAGGAAUUUAUAGAUAGCCAAAUAGAAAAUUAUAUUUCUCUAAUAAAAGAAACGAAAUAUAUCAAAAACCACGUUCUUACGAAAAGAAGUACGUCGAACAUUGAUACAAUGGAUACACUUACAAGGGACGAAACAGGGGUUUAUAUUUUGGAUGGUUUCCUCCCCAUAUACAGUAUUGGAACAUCUCAUCCGAAAGAUAUCAAAUUGUUUACGCAUAAAAAGCCAGACGUAGAAGAGUUGUACGCAGUGUCAUUAGAAGUGGACGUAAAAAAUUCUACAAGAUAUUUAGUAAUUUAUAGAUUUAUUGAAACAAAAUUUUCAAAAAUAAUAUCUAGAAUAAUACAGACUGGUUACAAAUUAGCAGUUCAUACAACCCCCAUGUUCUCUGUAAUUGUUAUAAUUGGGGAAGGAGAGAUUAGCGAAAAGCUUGUAGAAAAACCUGGGGUUUACGUUUUCGAUUUAGAGGAGAAACUAACGAAAAUCCAGGGCCUAGAUAUUCCAUAUGCUUCUGAUGUUUCAUUAUGGGUCCAAAACAGGAACUUGUUCUUAGGGAUAAGCCGCAAAAUGUCGUUGACGCAAGAUAAAAAAAUUAAUUUUGAAGUUUACAGUCCGAUGUAUCAAUGGAAAGGGAGUCACUUUGAUAUGGUUCAAAAAAUAAAAACAUAUAACGCCCAAAAGGUUUUGCCUUUUUCAAUAUGGGAUUCCCAUUAUUUAAUUUAUGCCGAUCGUAGAAAUAAUAAAGGUGAAUCAAACAUUUUUUCGGAAUUGUACAAGUACGACAUUCACUCAGGCCAGUAUGUCCUCCAUCAAAAAAUUUUAACUUACGGCGUGAAGGAUGUGAAGCAUUUUUGCUUUUUUCAACGCAAUAUGAAAGAAGAUUUCUUAAUCAUUACAAACUCUAAUAACACUGAGAGUAAAAAUUUUAGUUUUAGGGUAUUUAUUACUUCUUUUUUUAUGAGAUUUUUUGUAGCAAAAACCUUGAUACUCAAGUUUGUGGAUGAUUAUUUUCUUCCAUUUCAACACAUUGAAAACUUGGAAAGAGUGAAAGAAUGGCUUCCAGUUAUCGGUGAAAAUGGUUCUUUUGCACUGCUUGCAGUAACUGAAGACUCUGGUUUAAGAGCAUUUCAGUACAACGGCUGGAAUUUUGAAGACACCGAUUUGGAAUACUCGGAUAGAGCUUUUACGAAAGGGGUUAAUUCUGUGAGCUUUUACCUGAUCGAUAAUCAACCCCUGAUAAUAGUCGCAAAUGAAAACGAUAAUGGAAAAAUGAUGAACAUUUUCGAGCCUGUUUUUACUCAUAAAAACAUGUUAAACGAUUUCCACAACGAAAUGCUCGUUUGGUGCGAGGAGAAUUUGAAAUUUUUACAAGAAAACAAUAAAAAAAUAAACAAAAGACAAACUACUAUUAGCAAAGAAAAACAACUCAUUACUGAAAUACAGGCAGAGAUUGACAAAAACUUUGAAACAAUAGCAGAGCUUGAACAAAUAAUUGAAAACGCUGUAAAAGUUUCAGAAACAAACGUGAUUUUGGGUGACGUUACUGCAGGGAAAAUUACACUAUCGCAAGAAAAGAAUACUAUAAAGUCCUUAACAUCUACAACAGUAAAUAACGUAGAUGUUGUCAAGUUACUGAAAAACGUAAUUUCCCUUAAUGAAGAUUUCACUGUACAAAACCUGCUAAAAUUAAAAAGUGUUCGAAUAGAUAACAAAAUAAAACCGAAAUUUGUUAAUGAGCAUCCAGCUGAAGAACUGAUUUAUACGGAUGGUAAUAAUCUUAUAAAAAAUUUAACAGUCAUUGGUAAUGUUGUGUUUGAAAAGGGUGUAAAGGUCGAAGGGUUGCUACAAAAUAUUAAAUUCGAUAAAGACAACAUAUUACUGAUAAACACCGACCAAAAGUUCAAAGGAUUUUUGGAAAUGCAAAACAUCGACGCUGAAAAUGUUACAGUUGAUACAAUAAACGAUUUCAAGCCUAAAAGGUCCAUAUCAUUAGGAAAAUACAAGGAAAUUCAUGUCGAAAAUUUAACAAUCGACGGCUUGAUUAAUAACGUUAGUAUUACCGAUAUUGAAAGGAAUGCCAUCAAAAUUUUCGGGAAUCAGGAAAUUGAUUCAACCAAAUAUUAUUUUCAACAUUUAUUUGUAAACGAUUUUCGAGCCAAAACCAUUGAAACUGUGAAGAUACCACAAGAUCUUUUACUAAUAAAUGGUGGAAACUAUCAACUGCAUAACAGUAUUGAGUUUAACAAUUUGACUGUUAAAAAUCUUAUAGUAAAUGAAAAUUUAAACGCCAUACCUGUUAAGAAUGGAAAACUAGAUGUAAUUUUGGUAGAUUUGGACGAAGAACAGCGUAUCACGGGUCACAAAAUUUUUGAAAAUGUCCAAGUGCUAAACCCCAUAGAUUUGCAGGGUCAAAUCGAUAACAAAGAACUUUCCAAAACGAAUCCAGUUGUCCGGAUUGAAAAGGAAAUUGUUCUUGAAGGUGAUCGCGUUAUAACUGGAAAUGUUACCGUUGAAGACUAUGCUGCUGCUGACGAUGUUUUCGCAAAGGGUGAAAUAUUAUCCCUUGGGAAUUUACAAGACAAGGGACUCCGUUUAGAUGCAGUGAAAGUUCCUGUGCAUCUCAAUUUUAAACAACAAAUUAAAGUAAAUUUAAUUUUUUAUCAUAAUAUUGUAUUUUUAAUGAAUGGGGAUUUUUUAAAGGUGGGGGACCUUUUUGUCGAUAAAGUCAAUGGCAUUUUUGUAAGUUCACUAGUAACUACAGGCAGCAACGAGCCCCAGAUUAUAACGGGGUGGAAACGAAUAAAGAACGAUGUUACAAUAACUGGUAAUGCAACUCUUAAUACCGUAAAUGAUAUUAAUUUGGAACAUUUCGAAAACGACGUUUUGAAAAUCAGCGGAGACCAAGUAAUUGCGGGAAAUCAUUUUCUGAAAUCUGUUACAACAAACAGAAUAAAUGGAAAUGAAAUUUACUUGAAAAACGUGGCACUCGAAGACUUACAUAAAGACCAUAAACGAGACAUUUUGAUAACUACCCCAUCAAUAAAAUUAAACAGUAUAAAAGUAAAUGAUUUGGUGGUGAAAAACGGUACAAUAAACGGACAUAACUUUGAUCAUAUUAUAAAUGAUUCGGUAUUUUUGGAUACGCCGAGUUUAAUAACUGGUCAUAAAACAUUCAAACAGUUAACAAUCAAAGAGAUAUUUGUUCACGAAGGAAUGGAUAAGGGAGUAGUUCCAAAACUGGUAGAAAAAGCUAAUGGUAUUUUUGAAAUCCAAGGUGACAUUCAACUGCCGCAACUUUCGAUAGAGUCAUUGGUGGUGAAGAAGAGAUUGAAUCAAAUACCCGUUGACCAGCUGGAUAAGAUGUCUUUAAAUAAAAUGAAACUGAAAGUUUAUGGAAACGUCAAGUUUCAUCAUGUUGUUGUUAUUGGACAGGCGUUUAUUGAAGAUGAUCGUAUCAACAACGUGAGCAUCACAAGAAUGCAUGAGGAUUCUGUCAAAAUUGACGAACACCAUGAAUUUGAAGCAGCAUCGUUUGAAAAUGGAAUCAAGUCUUCACAACCAUUAAGUCUUAAUGGAGAACUCUUGGGAAUUGAUCUGUUAAAUUUAGUACAAAGUGACAAUGCCAAUGAGAUAUAUCUUAAAAACAAAGUCUUCAAUAACGACGUAUUCGUUCACGGUAAUUUGUUUUUUAAUGGCUUUGUAUCUGGGGUAAAUUUUACCGAUUUGUGUGAAUUCGUGCACCUUCCCUAUCUCAAAAAUGAUAAAGACUUGGUGGUAGAAGGAAAUGCGUAUUUUUUGAAAGGACCCAGCAUAAACUACGUCAACAAUGUUUAUCUCGAAAAUUUAAAACACAAAUUCAAUUUUUCGAAUAAACGACACGUUGUAAAUCCAAUAAAACAUUUUGAAACAAUUAUAUUUGAAGGAAAUGUCAUAGUUGAUCAAUUUGUAAACAAUGUGGACUUGAGAAUUGUGGGAGACACAUAUUUUAGUAAAUCUAAAGAUCAAUUUGUUACCGCAAAUAUUUCAUUUAACGAUGGUAUCGUUUUUGAAAAAGACGUUUCGGCUAAAGAUGCAAUCGUAUUGGGUGAAAUUUAUGGCAUAGAUUUACUAGAAUUGAAACAUAGUGUUUUGUUAGACGGCGAAGACCAAUUGUUUUCUGUGCCUGUCGUUUUAAAAUCUGCCCAUAUUAAUGCUCUAAAUGGAGAUGAAUACACACUGAAUGGUUACAACUUAGAAACCGAUUUUAUGAGGUAUGACAAGGGAAAUAUUGUAACAGGAAGGAAAACGGUUAACAGUUUGAAGAUUCGUGAAGUAAUUAUUGAUAAAAAUAUUAAUAUUCAAGGAGUAGAUAUUCUAAAGUGGUUUCAACACUCGGUAUUAAAGAACGGUGUUUUUAAAAUCAGUGGAAGAACUACUUUUAAAGACUCUGUAACCUUUUACAAUGGAUUAAGUGUUCAUAAAAAUAUGAAUGGUAUAAUAUUUAAUAAGGACACUGUCCUUACGCGAUCUUACCCUCAAGUAAUAUCCGGUAAGAAAGUUUUUUGCAACUCUGAUAGCGUUCUACAUUUCCAAUCGUUAAAUCUAAAAGGUAAUUGGAACAAUAACGAUGUCAAAGAGUUGUUUGAUAAUCAAGCACUUGAUGCACCAAAUGUUCGCUUUUAUUCGCCGAUUAGCUUUUCUAAAAGCAUAAAUGCAACAAAUGUAAACAUAGAAAAUUAUCGUGGCGUUAACGUGAACGAGUUGAUACGAAACGUAACAAAUUUUCAUCAGUUUGUUACCAACGAAAAAUACGAUUAUUUGUAUGAUAUGGCGGUGAAAGUAGAAAAUUCUUUUUCUAAUCAAGCAUAUUAUUUAAAUUAUUAUAAGCUUAUCCAAACGUUUACUAAAACUCGAUACGCAUUCUCCAUUAUUAAAUCAAACAAAAAAGACAACCUGUUUGCAAUUGUCCCAAAAGCAGUUACAUUUACAAUUAAACUGCUUGAAUGGAACGACGAUAACGGAUUGUUUAAAACGGAUGCCGGAGAAAUCGUAUUCGAUAAGGACAUUACGUUUAUGAAACCUCUUCAAUUUAACGACACAACAAAUAUAUACAUGGAAAUCUUUGAUGAUAAAAAUAAAUCAUCAACAGGGGAAAAACAAGGAAACAUGUACAUUUUUAAUGAUCCUAGUACAACACUGGAUUUAAAUUACCAAAUUUCAAACACAAGUAUUUUGGAUGUAAUGCCAAUGACUAUUCCAGAAUUCAAAAACACUAAUUGCAUGGCAGUUUUGAAAACAAAUAAACUAUUAAUAUAUUGCGAAAGUGUUGAUAAUAAAGAUGAAAAAUUGAAUCUUCAGCAGGAAACUGAAAUUCCAGGAAUUGUAGCGGUUGAACAUGUGGUCAUUAAUGAUUAUUAUACCAUCUUUGUUGUAUUAAAUAAUCGAAAAUUUAACAAAAAGAAAGAGGCCCAGAUAGAAAUACUGAAGUAUGAUGAUGGAAGUUUCAAAAUAAUUCAAAAAAUUUUUGUUGUCCAACCAAGCAGUAUCAGCGCAAUUAAAUUUAAAGAUUCUUAUUAUUUUGCGGUGGUAUCACAACAAGUAAAAGAUGCCCAGUAUCCCGGAAUUGUACAUAUAAGAAGGCUUAAUUUGAAAACUCAGCAAUUUGAUAAAUACCAGGACAUUCAACUGCAAUCCCCUUUCCAAAUAAAAUUUUCAAUUUUACCUUCUGACGAACUAGUGUUGUACGUUUUAACAAAUACACCCACUCAGCCAUUUAUCGUAUUUGUGUACAAAGGGAUCGUUGGGUUCAAAGAAAAAAUUAUUGCCUCAACAUUACCAAAACUGGACGAAAUCCAUUGUUUUUCACCAUCCCAUAGGCAUUUUGUUUAUGCAAAAAGUGGCGACAACACAUUGUUAAUGGAAGCUUCAUUUAUUGGUAAGAACCACCCCUAAUAUAUCGCUAAUACUAAACUCUUCGAAAAUUGUUAAUUGAGUAGAUCUAAUAAGCACUGUUUUUGUUAUUGUUAAAUUUGAAACAGACUUUUGUUUAUUAUUUAUUCAUUUGUUUUUAUUUCGUACAAUUACUACGUACGAAGCGCUGCGCGCGUAUGUAGGGUAAAAUACGAUUAAAACUCACCCCUCUAAAGCGCUAUUCACCUUCCCAGAUUUU